AUGACUUCAUCGACUGAAAUACCAACUGAAACGACGCCGCAAAUGCAGACGAGAGUGGAAAAGACAACAGUGAAGAUGACGACUAUGCCAAUGACAACAAAAACGAUGACAGCGCCCACAACAACUACGCCACAAAACACUGAAUCAUCAACUAUUCCUACAACCACCAUGGCUAAAACGACACAAUCCUCAACUAUGUCAAUAACCGCAAUGUCAUCGUUUACUACUGCAUCAGCCUCCAUGACAACUACACUGUCGCAAAUAUCUACAACACCUGUCCCUGGAACUGAGUACGGUUGCUCUCAGCGAUAUUACCAGUAUGCUGCACAUGAAAACGGUGUGCUAUUCACGGUGGACAAGACCUGCUUUGAGCUUGUCCCCACACAUCAUUCGUGGGCGCUAGCGGAGAACGACUGCAGAAACCGAGGAGGGCAUCUUGCUACCAUCAACAGCGCUAUGAAACAAAGCACCAUCUACACGGUGUUGAAAACGUACCAAGGCUCUAAUGUCUGGAUUGGUCUGCAUGAUACCAAUGUUGAGGAAAACUUUGAAUGGACGUCAGGUGAAAUGUUGAAUUACACAAACUGGUACCCUGGACGCAAGAGCCCCGUCCUCCACUUCACUCAGGACUGUGUGUCCGUGUGGUUGGGUUCCCACCUUGGGCGUUGGGAGGAUGAACAGUGCUCGCAUACCCAAGCGUACCUGUGCGAGUUCCCGGCUGUGCCAUCGAGUCAGACCAUCACAACAUCUGCACCCGCAUCUGAAGGAGACACACAUCUCUGUUCGCCUCAAGUACGGAAUCAUGCUCAACGCUAUGGUACUGCACUUGUCCAGCACGACAAGAGCUGCUAUGAACUGCUGCACAACAAGGUUACUUGGAGUCACGCUGAGCAGCUGUGUAAACAGGCAGGCGGGCACCUAGCCAAUAUUGGUGAUGCAUCUGAGCAAGCUUAUAUACAGGACUUCAUGAUGAUGCACAACCCAACCAAUGCUGUCUGGAUUGGACUUAACGAUCACUACACAGAAGGACAUUUUCAUUGGACUAACGGUGCCGCGGUGACAUACACCAAUUGGAUAGCCGGGCAUCAGGAUAACUUUGCAAACCACAACAUAGAGGACUGUGUGACCCUGGUACCUUACAAGAACGGCACGUGGGACGACAUCUCUUGUGGUAGCCAGGCAUUAUUUGGGGACUCAGGGGAUAACCAUAUUGGGUUGUGUGAAUACCCUGUCAUUGCGGGAGUUGCAGGAGCAGUGCUGGUUGGGUAA